AUGGUUGAACUGUGCCUUGCUGUCUUCCUGACCGGCAUGGACCAAAUGAUUCUUGCGACGGUGGCUCCUACGCUGACCAAUGAGUUCCAUAGCAUUGACGAUCUCGGGUGGUGGACCGCUGCUUAUCAGUUGAUGCUGAGCGUUUUCCAAAUACCAUAUGGCAAGCUGUACAGUCUAUUUUCGAUCGAGAUCAUAUAUCUGUCUGCAAUCAGCGUCUUUGAAUUGGGCUCCCUUGUCCGUGCCACAGCCCCUAACUCAAUCGCCAUGACCUUUGGGCGCGCGAUAGCCGGUGCUGGAGCGGCGGGCAUUUUCACAGGGGGGAUCAGAAUCCGCCGGUUUGAUUUCAUGGGAAUGUGGGAGGAUCAUCGCACUAUUGCUGGUGGCUGUCACACCCAUCAUUGGUUUGCGCUCCUACAGGUGUUUGCCCCCGGGUCGAAGACCCUCCCUCGCAGCGUUGCGAGUUAUGCAUUGGCCGUGCAGCACAAAUCAGCUCUAGGCUCUAGAGUCAUGCUGACACCGUGGAUGGUGGGCUACGUCAUAUUCUCCUUAGUCGCAAGAGUGCUGACUAGCGGAGUGGGCUACUACAAUCCACCUAUGAUCCUAGGAACUACCCUUGCCAGUGUUGGGGCGGGUCUCGUGUCAACCUUGUCGACCGGCACCUCCAACGACUCAUUGGUAGGAUUUCAAUUCUUGUACGGCGUGGGUGUUGGACUAGGGUUCGGCCAGCCCAGUUACAUCGUGCAAACCGUGCUAUCCGAUGAGGAUAUCCCGAACCGGGUGACUUUAAUUACGCUGGUGCAACACUUGAGCUCGGCGAUCUUUGUCGCCCUGGGUCAGGGAGUCUUUCAGAAUAUCCUCGCCAGCAGCCUCGAUCAGUUCAACAAGCAGAAUACGCCUUACGAGUUAGAUGCUUACAGUACAAGGCCGAUUCCGCUGCCAAAGGAUCCCGCAUUCAUCCUUGACCUGCUGAAGCGGGGCCCAAUGGAGUAG